AUGUACGUACUUUGGAAGGGUAUCGAGAUGGUCUACCGUGAUUUGGUGCGACAGGGGCGUGUCCGACCGAUGCCGUACGGCGAUUUGUUCCUCUACACUGUAUCGACAGCCUACGUACUCUGGCAGAUUAUAAUCGAGCCGCAAGCUAUCCGGAAAGGCUACCUCAAAUUCCUUCUCGGACUGACUGGGAACAGGAUGUCUCUGGUGAACCGCGACCUAUACGAACAUUUUGGAUAUCGUUCGCGUUCACUGUUCCCUUAUAAACCAACACUUAACACAAAGUAUGUGACGAUCAAUCCAAUGCUGUAUCAGCCAAUUUCACCACCAUGA